AUGGCGUGGAGAGCUGCUGCAAAAAUUGUUGUAGCCGCUGGUGAGGCACUUACUAAAGCAUUUGCCCGAGCUGUUAGAGAAGAGUUCCAAAUGGGCAAACAAGCAGCAUCGCGACAUGCAGAACAGAUUGGAGCAUCUCAGGCUGAAGCCAAAAUAGCUAGUGAUACAAAUUCGCGCCUUGGAAUUUCUUUACAGGAAGCGAUUAAAAUUUUGAACGUCAGUGAUCCUUUAAACGCUGAAGAAGUUGAAAAGAAUUACAAGCAUUUGUUUGAAAUCAAUGAUAAAUCAAGAGGUGGAACGUUAUAUUUACAAUCGAAGGUCUACCGUGCAAAAGAACGCAUCGAUGAAGAAAUAAGGAAUAUGAAAAAAGAAACAGAAAAUUGA